GGUUUAUAUUGCUCAGUCUCACUUUGUCACUUCAGACCAUCUGACUAAGAAGUGCCUCUUAAAUCCUCAUCAUUUCCUUGUUAUCUGAUUUGCAGGAAUCCAAGACUUAAGCAACCAUGUCCAACUCCACUGAGGCAGAACUCAUACACAUGUUUAAGGGAAUUGCCUUUACCACCAGGUCUUCUCCAGAACUUUUAAAAUCCUUGGAUACUUUUGAGGCUAGAGAAGAUGAUGUCCUUUUGGUUUCCUAUCCCAAAUCAGGCACCCACUGGCUUGCAGGAGUUAUAACAAAGCUUUACGAUACUGAAGUUACAAUAACAUCUCCCAUUGAAUUUGGAGACAUUUCCAAACUGGAGGAGCUGAAUAAUAUCUCAACAAAGAGAAUCAUUCCAACACACUUAGACUACAACAUGUUACCUCCAAAUUUUAAGAAAAAGAAAUGCAAGAUGAUCUACAUCAGCAGAAAUCCCAAAGACACUGCUGUUUCCAUGUAUCAUUACUACAGAGAUAACCCAAACCUUCCCACUGUAGAUACCUGGGCUGCUUUCUUUGACUUGUUCUUAAAAGGGAAUGUUGUCUGUGGAUCCUGGUUUGAUCAUUUCCUAAGUUGGGAAGAACAUGAAGAUGACAAAAACAUCCUAUUUUUGUUCUAUGAAGACAUGAAGAAGGAUCUCCCUAAGGUUGUAAAGAAAAUUGCUUUGUUCUUGAGUUUAAACGCCAGUGACAAAGAUAUCCAAGAUAUCUGCAGUAAGUCCUCAUUCUCAGAGAUGAAAAAUGACACAGAAAAGGAGAACAGUGAUCCCAGUCACACUGUGUGUGCUCUGACAUCCAACAGGAAGCUGAUUUUCCGAAAAGGUGCUGUUGGUGAUUGGAAGAACCAUUUCACUCCAAAGCAGAACAGGAGGUUUGAGGAGAUAUUUAAUGAGAAAAUGAAACGCAGCAAAAUGGCAAAGUGUUUCAUCUAUGAAGUUUGACUCCAUGUGAAGAACAACACGCAGUUAUCAACAAAUGGGAUAUGAACAGACUUCUUAGAUCCGAAUUAGGAAUUUUACCCAUGAUAUUAUGGAAAAGAAAAAAAAAAAGGAACCUGUAAAAAACAAGAUAGAAAAAGUCUAAAAAAACUUCAUAAGAAAAUGACCAAAAUUUUGACCCCAGACUCACUCCUUCUGUAAUACAUCAUGAUUUAUGAACUGCCUAUCUUACUGGACAUUGUUAUUGACACCGAAGUUGAAAACUGCAACUGUGUAUUUGACAAAUCAUGGUGAAGUCUGUUUACAAAAUGUUUCUUUUUUUUUUUUUUUUUACAAUGUGUAGUUCUUUGAUGUAACUUAUUUCUGGGUUGGACACCGUAUAUUGUAUAUAUGGUAUAAAUGUAAAUGCAUAUAUAAAGGUAAAUGCAACUGAUAUAAAUCCAAUAAAUUUCUGCAGCAUAUGUUGGGCAAUUAUAAAAGUGGUUUUUUCCAUUUGACUUUCUUUCUGCAAAAUAUCUGUUUCCAGUGUUUUGAUGAGAACCAUUUUGCUUCACAGUCCUUGUGCAAUAGAACUCAACAGCUACACCGUGGUAAACAAACCACAGCUCAGAGACAGCUUAAUCUGAACACGACUUAUUUAUUUACCCUGCCCUGAUAAGGCAGAUUUUCCAAUAAUCAGCUGUCUGCGUUCACAUCCGAGGGACUGUUCUAGGAAAUCAGUGAAGAUUUUUUUUCUGAUUUGUUUCAUGAUGUGUUUUUUGUGUCCUCACCUUUGCUUUGAAGGCUGGCUUUAAGGACUCUUCUCCCCAGACUAGUUUUCCCCAACCAUACAGUUAUGAGGCUGAAAAGCUGAGGUAUUGCCUUAUUUAGCAAAAUACUAAUCUCUCUCCAGCCACACACUUUACACUUGCCACACAGCCCUUUCAUUUCAUACCUGGCCUGUGCAAGAUGACAUCAAUACCUACUGAUUUUGCAUCUGCAUAUCCAGUACUGAAGUUAUAUGUUGGAGAGAUCAAGAGAAAAGCCUGUUUGACCACAGUCCCUUGCCAUUUACAAUUCAACACAGGGGAGAUGCUGCCCUUAGCGCUGCCUUUUGCAGAUGACCCACUUGGAAAUCAGAAUUUAGAUAUGUUACUUUCCUCUUCUGACAUUAAAAUCAUUCUCUCUCCCUCCAAAAUGCCACGGACCGCUGUUGCCCUCCUUUCAGUGUUAUUAUUCCACUAUUAAUAAAUGGCAAGAAAUCAGCUAA